AUGCGUUUCUCCUUCUCUUUCACCGCUGCCUCUUUGGCCUCGGUAGCUCUCGCUGCUCCAGCCCCAGCUUCUCCCACUGCUACGGAUGUAUCCGAUGUCUAUGCCGCUCAGGCCACUGCUCUUACGCUGAGCCCGACCAGUAAAGUGAAGGGAAAGUCAUUUGAUCGUUAUGUCUCAAUUUGGUUUGAGAAUACCGAUUAUGAUAUGGCAGCUGGUGAUCCCAACUUCCAAUUCUUUGCCAAGAAAGGAAUUACUUUGACCCAGAACUAUGCCGUCACGCAUCCUUCUGAGCCAAACUACAUGGCAGCUGUGGGAGGUGACUACUUUGGCUUGAACGGUGACCCAUUUACUGCAGUUCCUCAAAAUGUAUCUUCUGUCGUUGACCUGCUCGAGGACAAAGGAAUCAGCUGGGGACUCUACCAAGAAGACAUGCCCUACUCCGGCUUUGAAGGCUUCGGAUGGGUAAACCAAAAGAACGGGGCCAACGACUACGUCCGCAAGCACAACCCCGAGAUCCUCUUCAACUCGGUCGUAACAAAGCCAGAGCGCGCUGCCAAAAUCAAGAACACAACCAUGUUCGCUACCGACCUCGCGAAUGACCAACUCCCUCAAUGGAUGUUCAUAACCCCCAACAUGACAUCCGACGGUCACGACACCUCCGUCACCGUCGCCGGCGAAUGGCUCAAGACCUUCCUCACCCCUCUCCUCGAAGACAAGCGCUUCAUGGACAACACCCUCGUCCUCAUCACCUUCGACGAAAACGAGACCUACAGCAUCCAAAACCGCGUCUUCUCCAUCCUCCUCGGCGACUCCGUCCCCAAAGAACUGGUCGGAACCACCGACUCCAACUACUACAACCACUACUCCGAGAUCUCCACCGUCGAAGCCAACUGGGGCCUCUACACCCUCGGCCGCUGGGACGUCGGUGCAAAUGUCUUCGCCAAUGUCGCGAAGUCCACUGGCGACCAGCUUCGUACUUGGUACGCGCCGAACGCGAACGGUGUCCCACUUAAGGACUACUACUUCAACGCUUCGUACCCCGGGAUCUUCCAUUCGAAGACUUGGGCACCGCAACCAGUUCCUGAUUGUCAUUCGCGCCGUGAGGGACGUACCACGUUACCAGCUAUUAAGGAGCAGUGGAUUAGCCAGCAGAGCAAGAAUUACUACCAUGGCCAGCUGGAGAUUCCUGAUGCUGCUCAUCCACCUGUUUACCCUUACAAGUAUUAG